CGGCCCCGCCCCCGGCCCACAAGGCCCUGCAGGGAGCGGGCCCGGACGUGCCGCGAUCGAGGUCGGGUCGCCGUCCAGCCUGCAGCAUGAGCGCCCCCAGCGCGACCCCCAUCUUCGCGCCCGGCGAGAACUGCAGCCCCGCGUGGGGGGCGGCGCCCGCGGCCUACGACGCGGCGGACACGCACCUGCGCAUCCUGGGCAAGCCGGUGAUGGAGCGCUGGGAGACCCCCUACAUGCACUCGCUGGCCGCCGCCGCCGCCUCCAAAGGGGGCCGGGUCCUGGAGGUGGGCUUUGGCAUGGCCAUUGCAGCGACAAAGGUGCAGGAGGCGCCCAUUGAUGAGCACUGGAUCAUCGAGUGCAAUGACGGCGUCUUCCGGCGGCUCCAGGACUGGGCCCCGCAGCAGAGUCACAAGGUCGUCCCCUUGAAAGGCCUGUGGGAAGAUGUGGCGCCCACCCUGCCUGACGGACACUUUGAUGGGAUCCUGUAUGACACGUACCCACUCUCGGAGGACACCUGGCACACACACCAGUUCAACUUCAUCAAGAACCACGCCUUUCGCCUGCUGAAGCCGGGCGGCGUCCUCACCUACUGUAACCUCACCUCCUGGGGGGAGCUGAUGAAGUCCAAGUACUCCGACAUCACCACCAUGUUUGAGGAGACGCAGGUGCCCGCACUGCUGGAGGCCGGCUUCCGGAGGGAGAACAUCCGCACCGAGGUGAUGGCGCUGGUCCCGCCGGCCGACUGCCGCUACUAUGCCUUCCCGCAGAUGAUCACGCCCCUGGUCACCAAGGGCUGAGCCCUGACCCCUGCCUGGCCACACCCAUGCCCUCCUCCGUGCCUUCCUGGCUGGGAGCCCAGGCUCUCCUGCCAGCCCCGCCUGAUCCCAGCCACGUGUUGCCCGAAGCUUUCCCGUGCGUCCGUGAGCGGUCCUGCCGCCCCUGCAGGGUCCCUGAGGUGAAGUAAACGCUGGUGAUGGUUGGCGGUCCGCAGUGA